AUGCAAAAUGCAGGUGAUGUUCAGCUUUGUGCCAGAAAACCAGCUGGCUGUGAGGCGGCAGUUCAUGCUAUUUUGGUAAUCUUUACAGAAGAUGAAACAGAUGCAAAGUUAUUGGUGGAUGCUACAAACGCGUUCAAAUCAAUUAGCCAGAGAAUCAUGUUACCCAACAUUCAGUACAUUUGUCUUCCCAUAGCAAUUUACACCUUCAACUAUUAUGUCACAGCGUCAAGAUUGUUUGUCCAAGAUAUUAAUGAAUGUUGGAGAUAUUCGUGCUGUAACUGUCAACGUCCACAGGAAAGAUGCAAUAACACAAAAGGUUCUUGCAAUUGUGUAUGUGCAGAGGGGUUCCAUUCAAAUGGCGGUGAAUGUGUUGAUAUUGAUGAAUGUGCAUCAUCUUCAUGCAAUCUUACGGAGUUCAUUUCAUGUCAAAACACCUAUGGUUCUUACAAAUGCAGCAUGUGUGAGAAAGGGUUUAUUUUCAGCGGAAAGGAUUGUUUUUCCAACUCUGAACUGAUAAUAAGAUUGAAUGGUUCAAGUAGCAAUAUGAGUGGAAGAGUGGAAAUCUAUCAUCCAACACUUGGCUGGGGCACAGUGUGUCAUUGGGGCGGUAGUGACCAUUUGAAGAUCAAUGAAGGUAACGUCAUCUGUCGUCAGUUGGGUUUCUCUGGAGCGACCAAGAUCAUACUCCAGACUUACUAUGGCCACGGAAGUGGUCCUGUAGGUCCUGUAUUGCUUUCUCUUGUUCGAUGCUCUGGGGAUGAGUCAUUCAUCUGGGAUUGCAGUCAUGGUGGAUGGAAUAAUCCUCCCCGGUACUGCGACCAUAGUCGUGAUGUCGGUGUGGAUUGUUACUGAGAUCACAAUCAUUCAAGGACACUGGGUUAGAUAAUAGACUAGAUUUUCUUUUUCUUGCUGCUUAAUUACAUAGUUAAUAAUAAUUGGGACG